AUUAAACCUCAUUUUUAAUACUUAUCUGGUGAAAAUUACAAGUACUAGUCAUUUAUCAAUUACUCAUUUCUAUUUAUUUACAAUUUAUAUCGUUUAAAACAUGCCAUUAGAAGGGAAUUUAGGUAAAUUGUUGCAUUGAUUUUACUUAUAACAUGUUGGCUUAACGAAAAAAUGGGACUUUACUUAAUUGUAAGCACACCCAAACAAGCCAUUUGCUUGUCCACCACGCCAUCAUUGGAUGAACAAUUGACCAAUCAACCUCCUUGCUACCCAAGUUUUCAAGGAUGUCUUUCUAUUUAAGCCUACAUUCAUGAACACAUUUUACUACCAUUUCCACCAAGCUCACAAGAACACAACCAAAGAUGAAGAGAGAGGGUCGCCAGCAUGGCACGGUCCGGACCACCGCCAUCCUACCACCACCUUUAAGGCCCGUGGCUAGGCAUUUUAACAAGCUUGGCUCACCACCAACCGCCGGCAUGUUCACCAAGGUCUCAUCCAAGCCCACGAACCACUCCAAGUUUACAAGCAAAUGCGGGCGACCCCGGUGCAACGGGUGCCAUAUUCAUCCAGCUUGUAAGGCAAAGGACAAGGCCAAGGGUGCUAAAAAGCUCAGAUUGAUCACUUUUGGGGGUCGUGGGUGCUAAACACGGAUUCAAGUUUUCGGGGUCUUCCGCCUCUGACAUUUUGGAUCAGUUGACUUAUCCUUACAUGGAUGAUGAUUGUGAUAUAGAUGAUCGUGUUGAUGGUGUUCUUGAUUGAUCAUCUGAUGCUAAUGAUGUUGUAAUUGAAGAAAUAGAUGAAUAUGAUAAUGAUGAUCAAAUGACUUUCUGUGAAGUGGGAUUUGUAAUGUAACCGUUAGAUGGAGAUGAGGGUUGGUGCCUGGUGGAAGAAAUGUUUUCCAUUUGAAGUCUGAUGAAUUGUGCUCUAAGUCAAUCAAGUUGUAAUUUCUGUGGUGCAAAAUAAUUAACUAAAUAUCAUAUUCUAUACUUUCUUGAA